CAGUUGGAAAACCUGCAGGGGCGGCGGCCAGGCCUCCCUCGCCACUGGGUGGGGCUCCCCUCCAGAGGCUGUCGGCCGAGCUCUGCAGCACUCCACGGCACGCUCAGCCCCAGCCAGCCAGAGAGACGGAACUGACACACUGUGAGCCCACGGACACGACCCGAGCCUCCCUCCUGGGAAGAUGCAGGCACUCGUGAUGCUGCUGGCCACGGGGGCCACCUACUACCUGGGCCUGCUGGCAGCAGCUGCAGCGGCCACCAACCCUGGCCGACCCGACAGCCCCGGCUCGCUGCCCACUCACCGGCGCCAGAAGAGAGACUGGAUCUGGAAUCAGAUGCACAUCGACGAAGAGAGAAAUGACUCGCUGCCCCAUUACGUGGGCAAGAUUAAAUCGAGCGUGGACCCCAAGAAGACCGAGUACCAGCUCAGAGGAGAGUCUGCCGGCAAGGUCUUCCGGGUCGACAAGAACACAGGCGAUGUGUAUGCCUUAGAGAGGCUGGACAGGGAGAAGAUCUCCGAGUACCACCUCACUGCCCUUGUGGUGGACAAGGACUCCAAGAAGAACCUGGAGUCUCCUUCUAGCUUCACCAUCAAAGUUCACGAUGUCAAUGAUAACUGGCCUGUGUUUACCCACCGGGUGUUCAAUGCCUCCGUGCCCGAGAUGUCAGGGAUAGGGACCUCGGUCAUCCAGGUGACAGCGGUGGAUGCAGAUGACCCCACGGUGGCAGACCAUGCUUCUGUCGUGUACCAGCUCACAAAGGGAAAAGAAAAUUUCGACAUCCGUGGUUCUGGACUCAUUGUCACCAUGAACAAACACCUGGACCGAGAGACGCAGGACAAGUAUGAGGUUGUGGUGGAAGCAGAAGAUGCCCAGGGCCGCCGGGGGGAGUCAGGCACAGCCACCGUGCUCAUCACUCUACAGGACGUCAACGACAACUUCCCCAUUUUCACCCAGACCAGGUACACGUUUUCUGUGCCAGAAGACAUCCGUGUGGGCAGCCCCCUGGGCUCUCUGUUUGUUGAGGACCCAGACGAGCCCCAAAACCGGAAGACCAAGUACAGCUUCGUGCAGGGAGAGUACAGGGACACCUUCACCAUCGAUACGGACCCCAGCCACAACGAGGGCAUCAUCAAGCCCAUAAAGCCCCUGGACUAUGAACGCAUCCGGCAAUACAGCUUCACCAUUGAGGCCACAGACCCCACCAUUGACCUCCGCUACCUGGGCAGCACCUCCCCCAAGAACAUCGCCCGUGUCAUUAUCAACGUUACAGACGUGGAUGAGCCCCCCAUCUUCCAGCAGCCUUUUUACCACUUCCAGCUGCAGGAGAACCAGAAGAAGCCUCUGAUUGGCUCGGUGCUGGCCAAGGACCCUGAUGCUGCUCAGCGGGACAUCAGGUACUCCAUCCGCAGGACCAGUGACAAGGGCCAGUUCUUUGGAAUAACCAAGAAAGGGGGCAUUUACAACGACAAAGAACUGGACAGAGAAGUGUACCCUUGGUACAACCUGACAGUGGAGGCCAAGGAGGUGGAUCUGAGUGGGAUUCCCACGGGCAAAGAAUCCAUUGUGCAGGUCCACAUUGAAGUUAUGGAUGAGAAUGACAACGCCCCAGAGUUCGCCAAGCCCUAUGAGCCCAAAGUGUGUGAGAACGCCCCCCAGGGCAAGCUGGUCGUGCAAAUCUCAGCAACAGACAAGGAUAUAACACCACGAGAUGUGAAGUUCAAGUUCUCCCUGAGCACUGAGGACAGCAACUUCACCCUCAUUGAUAAUCACGAUAACACGGCCAACGUCAUAGUCAAGUACGGGUAUUUUGACCGGGAGCGUGCCAAGGUCCACCACCUGCCCGUGCUCAUCUCGGACAACGGGAGGCCAAGCCUCACGGGCACCAGCACGCUGCACGUGACCGUGUGCAAGUGCAACGAGCACGGCGAGUUCACCCUGUGCGAGGAGGCGGCCGCCCAGGUGGGCAUCAGCAUCCAGGCGCUCGUCGCCAUCUUCCUCUGCAUCCUCACCAUCACAGUGAUCACCCUCCUCUUCAUUCUGCGGAGGCGGCUCCGGAAGCAGGCCCGCGCCCAUGGCAAGAGUGUGCCGGAGAUCCACGAGCAGCUGGUCACCUACGAUGAGGAGGGCGGUGGCGAGAUGGACACCACCAGCUACGACGUGUCAGUGCUCAACUCUGCGCGCCAUGGCGGGGCCAAGCCCCCGCGCCCGGCGCUGGACGCGCGGCCGUCCCUUUACGCUCAGGUGCAGAAGCCACCCCGGCAAGCGCCCGGGGCGCAUGCGCCGGGGGAGAUGGCCGCCAUGAUCGGGGUGAAGAAGGACGAGGCGGACCACGACGGCGGCGGCCCGCCCUAUGACACGCUGCACAUCUACGGCUACGAGGGCGCCGAGUCCAUUGCCGAGUCCCUCAGCUCCCUGGGCACGGAUUCAUCGGACUCGGACAUUGAUUACGACUUUCUCAAUGACUGGGGACCGAGGUUCAAGAUGCUGGCCGAGCUGUAUGGCUCAGACCCCCAGGAGGAGCUGGUGUAUUAGACCACUUGCAGCUCAGGCUAGUCGGACACGAGGCAUUGAGGCCUCCAGUUGUAACACUCCUGUCCCAGCCUAACAGCCCUUCCUUGCAGGUCACAGAGACUUCACCACCUUGGUUGGCAAAAUCCAAGUUCCUGAAACGUCCCGGAACAUAUUUCAGCCAUGGGUACUCCCCAAAUGCUGGAAAAUCAAGGCUGGUAUGCUGUCUGGGUUAAGACAUCCAUAUAACCCUGUCAUCUGGAAUCACGGGUCCAACUCAAAGAUUCUCUCUGGCUCUUCAAAGCAGCUUAUGCUCAGUUGCUGCAGGGGUUGGGGUGGGGGUCUUCCCUUGAGGUCCCUGAACCCCCUGGGGAGGCUGGGGAGCCCUGGUUCCUGUCAGCCUGGAGGCAAAAGGCUGGACAGCAUGACCAUGGGGCAAGACUCUCUGUAGCCCUGUCCUACCAGAAACUGGGACCACCCAUCACGCUUGUCCCACCUCAGCUUUCUCACAUGCUCCCAAGUACCCCCGCAUUCCUCAGCCUCUCCCCAGGCCUGUCAAGAGAGAGAGGAAGGGCCCCUUGACAUCUCCAAGCCUUGGGUCCGAAGGUGACCUCACUGGCCUGCUGUGCCUGUAACUAUGCUGUACUGUGUAUUGAAAAUCCAGCCAAGGUCAGGGAAGUGGCUUGUUGAACUCUGAAGCAACUGUGAAUUCUCCCUGGAGGAGCAGUGGAGACCACGUGUGACACCAGAUCAUAGGGUGAGGGCCACCUUCACACCCACUCCCUCCAGAAGGGGCUGGGGGUCACUGUGACCCCAAUUUGAGAUUCAUGACACCACUCCAGUUUUGCCUGGGAAGCAGGACAGGUGUUCCCAGAGCAAAAGACCUCUCCCCAUAUCUCCUGGUGACUCAUUCAUGCUCUUUUUUUCUCUUUCCAUCUACUCUUGAUCUCUUGGCAUAGUGGCACUUAGGAUGUGACCCAUGACUGCACAACAGAGCCAUGUCAUUUGCCUUCACACCUCAUUGCUGCCACAUCUCAGGGAACCCCAGCAGGGCCCCCUCCCUGCAACAAGGCAAGGCCCCUGCUCAAGUCCUGUGGUCGCCUGUGUCUCUUCCACUUUCAGCCACAUAUGGAACUUUCCACUGCACCACAUCUUGGGGAAGGGGCAUCACUCAACAGGAGAGGGGAGAGGAGAAAGGAGGCAAAUUCUCCAAUUCACCCUCUGUCAUGGACCAAGGCUCCUGCUGUGGGCAAGGCUCCUCAAUUCAGGGGACUAUAGAUAAUACUGACUUUUAAUCUUUAACUAAUAACUAGGUUUUUUAUACUAAUAAUACUUAACACAUUUCUAGCUCUCACAGACAUAUAGAAUAAGGGUAUUUGCAUAAUUAACAGGUUUCUAUUUAGGUUAACAAUUUUAUUUCGGGUUUUUUAGUUGGAUCAAGAAAUUCCUGUAACCAUCUGUUUCCUAUCAUUGUAGUAACUGCUCUACUAAUAAUGACUAUAUAUAUAUAUAGGCUACACUGGUGCAUGGAACAUACUGUAUUUUUUUAAUAACUAAAUAAAGAAAAAUCUUGAAA